CUCCCCUCCUCCGCAGUCGGCUCCGUGCGGUGGCAGCGCAGCGUGCGGCGCGGCGCGGCGCCAUGGCUCGAGCCCUCCUCCGAAUAACCCGCAGCUAUUGCCCGCUCUCCCCGUCCCCACGCCUCCCGCCGCCGCUCCACCACCGCGGCGCCGCGCCUCCUCUCCGCUUCCGCUUCCUCUCCCUCUCAUCUUCCUCGGCCCCAUCCUCCUCUGCUGCGGCGACCGCGAAUAGCUCGGAUGGUCCCGGUGAGAAGGGCGGCGGCGGCGGCGGGUGGGAUGACUACCUGGGGAUGAGCGACGACGAGCUGAUGGGGCAGUGCGAGAUGGGCACGUUCAAGGCGUCCGGCCCCGGCGGCCAGCACCGCAACAAGCGCGAGUCCGCCGUCCGCCUCCGCCACCGCCCCACUGGCAUCAUCGCCCAGGCUGUGGAGGAUAGAUCACAGCAUAUGAAUCGAGCAUCUGCCUUGUCUCGGCUUCGAACCUUGAUUGCUCUCAAAGUCAGAAAGCCGAUAAACCUCGAGGACUACACUCCUCCAGUUGAGCUUCUUCAGAUAUUACCCCUGAAGUCUACAAUCCGAGGAAAGGAUAUUGGCCCCCAAAUUGGUCCAAAUAACUCGAAAUUCGCCCCAGGAAUGCAAGCUUUACUAGAUCUUCUUUUUGCUGUUGAAGGCUCAGUGUCAGAAGCAGCAAAACUUUUGGGCCUAAGCACUGGUGCUGUGUCAAGGUUGAUUCUAUCAGAUGAUUCACUUCGAGCAGCUGCAAAUGAACUGCGAGCUGCCAAGGGUCUGAAGCCACUUAGAUGAUAGAGGAUUGCCUGCAUAAUGUUCUCAUCAUCAAUGGCGCCGCCGCAGGUUCCCAAAUGGCAUAUCAUAUAAUAUAACUCAUGAAGGCAUUCUUGGGUGUUUGUCACGAUUUCCCUUUCGUGCAAGGAAAAAUACUCAGGAUUGUCUUAGGUGGGACCGGUACCAGCUCUGGAUGUUACAAGACCCUAUCUAUGGCUUCAUUCUGUUAUACAUAGGCCUUAUCAUUCACAACUCAAGAACCAUCCUUUUUCAGAUGGAUCUGCCUAACAUGUCACCCUAAGGAUGAAUUCAGUUGUAAUUAGCACAUGAACCUACAUUGUAAUUUCCAUGUAUUGCCAUUGCUUGAUGCUGUCUUGAACAAAUGAGCCAUUUGUUGUAUGUAGUAUGAACUCAACAAAAACUCUUCCGUAUCGAAAGAAUGUUACAUA